AUGAAAGUAGAAAUCAGUCUCUUUGCAACCAAGCUGAAGAAUGUGGCUGGAUUUGGCAAGGGAACAUCAGAUCCAUAUGCCGUUGUGACACUGGGAGAAAGCAAUCUGGGCAAAACCGAACCCUACAAGAACUCUCUCAAUCCAAUGUGGACAACUCGGUUCGUCACGGAAUACACCAGAGAAUUGGAAUUGACCUUGAGUGUCGAUAUCUUCGAUGAAAUAAACAAGGGCAAGAAGGACAAGCCCAUGGGCAGUGCCACCUUUGAAUUGGGUGAUGUCUUACAGUCGUCGGGUCACAUCAAGUCGGCGCCUCUCAAACCGGGUGGAGAGCUUUAUGUUCGAGUACAGGAACUUGCUCCCUUCGAUCGAGGAUCUCUCCACUUGCAAAUCCGAGGUAUCCAAUUGGCCAAUGUCGAAAUGUUUUCCAAAAGUGAUCCCUUUUAUGAAAUUCAAACAGCACGAUCCCUUCCCAAUGGAUCUCAAUUUUGGCAGCCCAUUUACCGAUCCGAAAUCAUAAAGAACAACUUGCAACCAAAAUGGAACGAGUGUGAAUUGUCGAUUGAAUCAUUGUGUGCCGGAAACCACGAACGACCGCUUCAAAUUCAAGUCUUUGAUUGGGAAAAGAGUGGCAAGCACCAAUCGAUUGGAAUGUUGCGAACGAAUGUCAAAAAACUCUUGUCGGCAUGUCUGACAAAUGGAGUUUUGCAAUUGAUACAAGACAACAGAUUCUAUGGAACGCUCAUGUGCACCAAGGCAGAAAUUGUUGGGGAGGGCCUGGAUCCCACCAAGCCCCCACCUCGAUUCAAGACGAUUAAUGGGGUUCGCAACUUUAAUCCACAAUAUGCCGAAUGGCAACAACAAUUCGGAAGUGGGGCUAGUGGUGGGCCAGCGCCAGCGCCUUCAAAGCAAACAUUCUCGUACAAUCCACCCAGAUAG